AUGGCCGGAGUCACAACGAGCAAAAGUGGAGAUGCAGCGCCGGUCUCCAUUGCAGUUUCUCAAGGCUCUGUCCUGGGACCAGUGCUGUUUCUGAUCUACGUCAACGACCUCCCAGAUGUUCUUGCAAGCCCAUGUCUACUUUUUGCGGAUGAAUUGAAAUCCUGGAGUUCCAAUGCCAGUGCCCCCCCCCAAAUGGAUGUAGACGCUGCCAAGCAGUGGUCGUUGGACUGGCACCUUCCUCUGAAUGAUGAAAAAUGCGUCCAUAUAUCGUUUGGAGGAGACUCAGCGAAUGCCUUUUUUAUGCAUGGUGAAAAGAGACCAGAAAACAUCAUGAGGAUAGAUGCCAAAAAAGAUUUAGGCAUCUGGGUCUCCUCAAACUUGUCCUUCGCACUACACCAUGAGAAAUCGGCCCAAAAGGCAUUCGCCGUUUUACGGAUGAUCCGACGUACCUUCUCCCGUAUUACUCGCAUGGACUUCCAAAUACUCUAUGGGGCCUACGUCAGACCGCUCCUGGAGUACGCCAACCAAGUUGUCUACUCAGGACGUACGAAAGACGUUACCCUCAUUGAGCGUGUCCAGCGGGCCGCCACGAGAAUGGUUGCCGGCCUCAAGUCCGUGGACUACGAAACGCGUCUCGCGACGCUUGAUCUCUUUCCCCUGGAGUACCGUCGCCUCCGAGGGAGCCUAAUUCUUACUUACGCCCUGUUUGAACAAAGCUUGGCAAACAGGUUUUUACCGUUGACCCAGCAAACACCCGGCGAGGAAACAGCUUUCCCCGCCUCAAAUUUACUGAAGGCCUCCUCCUUUUCCAAAUGGCGAUCGGAGAAGGGUGGUACCAAACAGGAAGUUGUUGAACUUAACUUCGAAGAACCUGUAGAAGUAUGCCGUUUGGAUAUCGGGAAUAAUGGCUCAGCCUUCAUCGAAGUGCUCGUCCGGCGAUCCGCGUCGGCAGAUGAUCCUUCGGUCCUUUUACCCUCAUCUUCAUUUCUUUCACCCGUGGAGGCCAAAAAUGAGAGCAAUCUAAACCGUGUGCGGGUCUUCAGUGGUGAUCAGCUGACAAGCUCUGUCGCAAGCCAAAAAUGGGACGUGUUUCGGUUCGUGUGCUCACAGCCGUUCAAUAAAAACCUUCAAUAUGGGAUCUCUUUUGUUAGUUUUCAUUCUCCCGCUUUGAGCAGCCAGCAACCUGAAACGACUUCUAAUAGAAAAGCUUUGAUUAGCGACGCUAUGAUUGACGUAGGUGACGAUGAAGAACCACCAGGCCUCCGUCCUGGUGCAUUGUUUCAGGCUGCAAAAGCCGCCGCUUCGUCGUCCCUAGCCGCCCCAACAAAUUCUGUCGCUCAGCCCGUCUCAGUCGCUGAGAAGCUACUGGCCGCGAGGCACUCCGGGAGGUCUGAAAUACUCUCUGCAUCAAGAUCCCCUGCAUCCACGCCCAUCACCGCCCCAUCAAGCCGUCCGCGUCUCUCUCCGAAGCACUCCUUAACCUCAGCUAAUUUGCCUUCCUCCAGUUCUGCGCGCUCCACGACAAGCCAAGCAGUCAACCCAUCAACCCAUAACCCUACGUCCCAUCGCUCCUCAGUUGCAAAUUCUAAACAGCAAUCAACUGGAGCUUCAGUAUCCUCCGCAAUGUCCCAGUCUCCACCUUCUUCACCAAGCCGUGGUGGUAGUCACCCAACCUCUUCUCGUCCUCUUCAUGGUGUUGUUUUCUGUUUGAGUGGCUAUCAAAACCCUUUGCGCAGUGAAUUGAGGGAGAAGGCUUUGGAUUUAGGUGCCAGUUUUCGCCAAGACUGGGGACCUAGUUGCACUCAUUUGAUAUGCGCCUUCGCGAACACGCCGAAAUUCAAAGAGGUCAAAGGCAAGGGCAUUAUAGUUUCAGAUAAGUGGAUUCAGGAAUGUUAUAUGAAGAAGUCCAAGGUCAACUGGCGGCCGUAUCGUGUUGGCCGAGCUCCAAGUCCUCCGAAUAUCGCAGAUGAUGCUGUAGCGACAACUCCAGACGAUGGAACUAAAGAGUCCCCAUCCAGUUCUCAGCGUCCUUCGUCCGCCCGGAAAUCUCUGAAACGAAAAGCAAAGUCAGAUGAUGAUGAUGAUGAAGAUUGGAGGCCAGCGAGCGAAGGGCUGUCAGAGGAAGAGGACGAGGAUGAGGGGGAAGAAGGUAGUGCAUCGGCAGACGAGGAAGAUUUCGAACCGGAUGGUGAAUCGGACGAGGAAGACAAUGAUCACUCCGAAAGCCGAAAAAACAAGCAUCGCGGGACUAAGAAGAAGCAAAAAGUGACAGAACGUCCAAGUCGUUCGACCGAUUCCGUUGGCAUAUCAAAACGCUCAAGUAGGUUGCAUGUGGACAGUGCUUUCUUCGGUCUCCGACUCUCUUUCUCUUGCAGAGUCGGUUUGCCCACAAAGUUAUCCUUGUUUAGCAUGUCUCACUUAUUUUCCUCUUUCGUGUUACUCAAUGCAGAAACCACCGAUAAGCUUGAUACAUCUGGACAAAAAAAUGCGCCUGGUGCGACCGAGUGGACCCCCGUUCGACGCAAAGCCAUCUUAUUCUCCGGUCCCCACGCUUCCGUCGACAGUGUGUUGCUGUACAAAUGUACUUUUUUUCCUUCACCCAAAGGUCCUUCAGCCGGUCACUCUCAAUCGGUACCAGUGGAUCCUGAUGAAGAGAAUACUGAUGAUGAAAUCCAAAGAGCCCUUGACACUCCCGCAAAGGACGCUGGUGCGGACCAGGCUUGUGACGAUGCAGCCCCGGCUGAAGUAGCUCCGAUAGAAUUACCGGAUAUUUUCGAAGGAAAACACUUCUUUUUGCACGCCAAGGACAUACCGGUCGAUGAAGAACGCCUCCUCCAACGCCUGAUCAUUGCGUUCGCUGGAAACCUCCAUCCAUACAUGCACCCUGAUGUGCAGUAUGUGAUCACAAGGUCAGCCUGGAGCGAGGACUUCGACAAUGCUCUGAGUGAUAAUAAUUCACUUAUAUUCGUUCGUCCUGAUUGGAUAUUCGCGUGUGAUCACCAAGGCAAAUGGGUUCCUUUCCAGAAGUUUUUGGUCGUUGGCUAAUGAUGCCUAGCAUAACUCAGCGAGCAGACACUUCGAUGCGUACGAUAACAACCUUUUGAAUGCCACCCCUAUCCAAGUCUUUGCAUAUCCAUUAGUAUCUGUUUGCUACAUCACUAACAUUGUUUAUCGCCUAUUUUGUACAAUAAAUUCACUCAGCUCAUUCAUAUCUUGCCG